AUGCCGAGCUCAGAAAUCUUGCCCUCAGAUGGCGUUUCACGGGUUCCACUAGAUCUCGAGGAGCGUCCGAAUAUUCGGACAUGUGGAAUCGGUGACCUACCAGUGGAAAUCCUAGGACACAUAUUCGCAAUGAUCCAUUCUCAGACUAUUUCGUCUUCUAUGACCAAAUUCACAACUUCUGAUACCGUCCUUAGGCUCUCCCAUGUUCACCCGCUCUGGCGGGAGACUUGUAUCUCAGUCUCCAGCCUCUGGAGCCAUAUCCACAUCAUCCGUGCUUCGAGCGAUGAAGUCGAACGUACUGAAAUGUUCCUUGAAAGAUCAGGAACAUCACUCUUGACAAUAGAGUUUCACGCUCGCGCGAAUACAAUCCCAUAUACUCCAGAGGCAAAUAGAAUGAUACAGAAGCUCUUUGCGGCAUGCGAAAGGUGGAAAGGAGCUUCGUUCUCCAUCCAAGCUCAAUCCAUUGAGCAGGUUAUGAUAGCCCUUUUCGGUGAAAACGGGACUCCUCAGCUUGACCAGAAAUUUCAUUUUCCGUUUUUGGAAACAUUCUCGUUUACUAGUCGACCAGAGAGCCAGAACCGUCGUUUUUUUGACAUGUUCCAGCAAAAAUCCACUCCUCGAUUGCACAACCUAGUUAUUCCCAACUAUACUACAUUCCUACCCUUCGCAUUUGGCCAGAUAACAGAUCUAACUCUGUCCAAAAUGAAUAAGGAUUUCCCGGACCUUUCUGUGUUGUGUCCCCAUCUUGUUAGACUGAAAAUCGGACAAACAUUUGGCGAGUCCAAUGAACCCACACCAGCGCAUGCUGCUACUACUUUCGAAUUGCCCAAACUCGAAACAAUGAUUGUGAGCUGCUCUGGACCUGGUCGGUUGUGGAGCAUGUUAACCUUGCCAUCUCUCCGAAACCUCGCCUUGGAAGCAAUAACGUUCAUGCCAUUAGAACACGUAGCCAUCCUCAAUAUGCUGCGCAGGUCUGGCUGUGGACUGGGUCUGCGAAGGUUGACCCUGGCAUAUAUGGAUAUCACAGAUGUAGAUGUGAUGAGCAUGCUGAGUCUCAUGCCACAAUUAGAGGAGUUUGUGUUACACGAAACACUCUUGAGGCAACAGAAAAUUCUGACACCAAGGCUACUUAUGGUCUUAAAACUGCCUAACACUAACCGGGAUUUGGCCACCACUGUCAAUGACAGUACCUUUGUCUCGCCGGCUGUCACCAGAGCUCACUUCAUCCCUAACCUAGCGUACAUUGAACUUCAAGUAUACUAUUUCCCCACAUUUGGACUUGACUUGCUCUUUGACAUGCUAUCAUCUCGAGCUGUUAUUUCCAGCGGGGAUCAUCUGUCCUCGUUCUCUACCAGACAAGCCUCAGGUAUCUUGAAACAAAUUGUUCUUUGCUUCGUAUUGGACGAAGUCAAUCCCCCUGUUCAGAUACCCUUAGAACUAGAAAAUAUGGUGAACAGGUUGAGGCUGGUGAGCACAUCCCAUAUCCAGAGCAUGGUGCAAUGCGGACAGGAGUGGAAAAAAGAAUUCUGA